CAGCGUAAGGCGGAUCAUCAUCAAUGGCUGAACAUGGAAACGUCGAUGCUCUUCUUCCAAACGAAGUUCUUAACCGGACUGCCUUCCAUUUCCAACCUCAGAGAAAUUGGCUCAACGAUCCAAACGCGCCAAUGUACUACAAAGGAUUCUACCAUCUGUUCUACCAGCACAACCCUUUAGCUCCUGAUUUCAGUCGCAAAAUGAUGAUAUGGGGACACUCUGUUUCACAAGAUAUGGUCAACUGGAUCCAACUUGAACCAGCCCUUUCUCCCUCUGAGCCCUUUGACAUCAACAGCUGCUGGUCAGGAGCUGCCACGAUCCUCCCUGAUGGCAGACCUAUAAUUUUGUACACCGGACUCGACAACAACAACAGAACACAAGUCACAGUUGUUGCCGAACCAAAGGACGUUUCUGACCCUUUGCUUCGUGAGUGGGUUAAGCCAAAGUACAAUCCUGUGAUGGUUCCCCCAAGUAAUGUCUAUCAUGAUUGUUUCCGUGAUCCAACAACCGCGUGGCAAGGGCAAGAUGGGAAAUGGAGAGUGCUCAUUGGAGCUAAGGUGAAAGAUACUGAGACGGGAAUGGCCAUUUUGUACCGGAGCGAUGAUUUUGUCCAGUGGACAAAGUAUCCGGUGCAUUUACUUGAGGCUGAAGGAACCGGAAUGUGGGAAUGCCCUGAUUUCUUCCCUGUUUCCAUCACUGGUAAAGAAGGUGUAGAUACUUCGGUUAACAAUGCUAGUGUGAGGCAUGUCUUGAAGGCCAGUUUUGGAGGCAAUGAUUGCUAUGUCCUUGGUAAAUACUCUUCUGAGAAUGAAGAGUUUAUAGGUGAUUAUGAGUUCACUAAGACAAGUGCGGAUUUGAGAUAUGAUUAUGGAAAGUUUUAUGCCUCGAAGGCGUUCUUCGAUAGUGUUAAGAAUCGAAGGAUCAACUGGGGUUGGGUGGUAGAGACUGAUAGCAAAGAAGAUGAUUUCAAGAAAGGAUGGGCUGGCCUAAUGUCUCUUCCCAGGGAAAUGUGGCUGGACACAAGUGGAAAGAGGCUGAUUCAAUGGCCAAUUGAAGAAAUCAAUCAUCUCCGGACCAAAAGUGUUAAACUCGAUAGCUAUGUAUUCGAAACCGGCGCAGCCUUUGAAAUCUCAGGCAUCACUGCCGCCCAAGCCGACGUAGAAGUGACUUUUAAUCUGCCAUUCCUGGAAGAUAAGAAGCCCGAGAAACUGGAGGCUGACCAAGUUGAUGAUGAGACUCUGUUCGAUCGUGACAGCUCGGUUGGAUGCGUUUACGGUCCUUUUGGAUUGCUAGCGUUGGCUACCGAUGAUUUAUCAGAACAAACCGCAAUCUUCUUUAAAGUUAUCCGUCGUGGAAAUGGAUAUGCAGUUGUAAUUUGCAGCAGCGAGAAGAGGUCUUCGUUGAGAGACAACGUGAAGAAAUCUUCGCAUGGAACAUUCGUAGACAUCGAUCCAAGGCAGGAGAAGAUCUCAUUAAGAUGUUUGAUCGAUCACUCUAUUAUAGAGAGCUACGCAGCAGGAGGAAAAAGUGUGAUAACAUCAAGGGUUUAUCCCAAAUUGGCAAUUGGGGAAGCAGCUAAGCUUUAUGUGUUCAAUGAUGGAGCAGACGGUGUGAUCAUGACGUCUCUGGAAGCUUGGAGCAUGAGAACUGCCCAAAUCAAUUUAAACUCAACUUAUUGAUAUUAAUCAUUUCAUAAUGAUAACAAUAAUCUUUGGACUGUGUUUUUCAAACAAAAUAUAUAUAUAUAGAUAUAUAUAUAUUUGGACUGCAAGUCAAGAUGUUUCAUGCCUUAUCAUGAACUGCUGAAUCUUGUAAGAAAUAUGCGUCUUUUGUAUUCAAGUUAUUGGUGUGGGUUUA